UGAACGACGGUAUUGAACGACGAACGGUGGUUAACUACGAACGGUGUCUAAGCCACAGCACAAAACGUAUGAAUAAAAUCGAACUCGGUAGAGCACAAGAAAACAAAAACAAAAAUUAAAAAAAAAGAGAAAAAUAUAUAAACGAAACGGACUAUGGUUUAACCAAACGAUUAACAAAGCGUCCACGUUUGAUUAAAAGUAAAAGGUUGUUUAUCUCCAAUCUUGUUCUAUGCUGAUCUGGACUAAGUGUUACUUGUGUGAGUGAAUGUUUGAAUAGAAUUGUUUGUGUCCAUGUCAAAUUCCCAGUGAGUCUUGGCGAUUGCAAUUCAACAAUUCGUUGCAAUAAACCACCUCUUUGGCCUUUCCCCUCCCGCAAAUCACUUUGGCUAUACAGAGUGACUUGAAAGUGUCAUUAGUUUGCAUCAUUGCAUUGGUUGCCUUGCCCCCUUGCCGUUUGUGAUCUAUCGAAACAGCCGCCAAAAUUGGUCGCCUUACGAAAACAUCAUUUAUUGUAAGUGACCUCAGGACAUUAUCGAUAUAUUUUGGGUUUUUUUGUAUUUAACACUUAAAUACACGUACUCGCACAUACACACAUGCAGGGUGAAGACAUGGGUUUCAGUUCCAGAAUGGACUGCUGCGGGCAGUUCGUGAAGUACAGUUUGUUUGUGGCAAAUUUCGUUAUAUUUGUUGGAGGUGCCACCGUUUUCUGUUUGAGUUUAUGGACCCUUGUCGAUCGGAGUUUUAUGAAUGAGCUGUUGGGUACAAAUCUAUUUUCGGGUGCUGUCUAUGUCUUAUUGGUGACAUCUGUGGCCAUAUGUCUGUUGUCGUUUUUGGGUUGUGUGGGAGCAGGAAAAGAAGUGAAAUGUUUGCUGUUAACGUAUUUCAUUAUGGUGGCUUUGGUAUUUGUUACAAUGCUAAUUGGAGGCAUAUUGGGUUAUGUGUUCCGCGAAAGAGUUCAACAAACCAUGAGACAGGAAAUGCGUUCCUCCAUGGCUUUGUAUGGCAGUCGGCGUGACAUUACCCAGGCCUGGGAUCAAACCCAAGAACGGCUACAAUGUUGCGGUGUUGAUACUUGGCAUGAUUGGAAUCGCUUUGGUCCCAUACCCGAAUCUUGCUGUCAAGAGAUUUUCGGUGGUCAACGCAAGGAAUGUACCAUAUUCCCCACCAUAACGAAUCUUUACAGUCAGGGUUGUUUGUAUGUGACCUCCAACUAUAUACGAGAACAUGCAGCUGUUAUAGGAGGCACAUCGAUAGGUGUGGCCAUAAUAAUGAUAUUUGGCAUGAUCUUUUCUUGUCUGCUAUUCAACAUGAUCGAAUAGUCUAUGGCCAGAGCCAAAGCAACAUUUUUAAUGUAAAUUUUUUGUAGUAAUUAAAGUCGCAAAAGCAUUUCCGAAAUCACAAAAAACCACAACUCAUAUGAAACAAAAUACGAUCCGUCCUUAAUUUUACAAUUUAAGAUAUACGAUGUGAAAUUUGACAGCAUUGCUACUGGAAGGAGUUCUGCCACAACUGGGCAGAAUGGAAGAUUUGCAGCAUUUCUACUGGAGGUCAUGCUACCUCAAGGUGACUGCCACCAUUUUUUUUUUUUUUCAAGAAAACUCGGCAAAUCUGCCUAAUGUUGAAAAUUUGGAAAACUUUUAAAGGUUAAUGCGGCCUUCAAUUGGAUCCCACUUAAUUCUGUUUUUUCUUAAAGGAAACAUGACAUCUCUACCAGCCGUCGUCGUUUAGAUUAUUUCUUUGUAAUAUUUGAAGUAUUAUAUCUUAUAUAGGAACUCUUCUAUACAGCAAAUAUUUUUAAAAUGUCAUUUUGAUACCUCUGUUUCAUAGAUAAUUUUCCCAACACUAUUAAAACAAAAAUUAAUUAUUAUAUGUGAAAUUUCACAUCAUUCUAUACAAAAUCCUAUAAACUUCAUGUUCAUUUCAUUGUUAUGUCGCUCUUUUUCCUCUAAAAUUGUAUUUGUAUUUGUUUUUUAAAAAUGUUGUUAUUUUCAUAUAAAAACAUUUUGUAUUUU